GACAGCUGGGAUCGCUGCGCUCCGCUCCAGUCUGGUAAAGCUUCAUCUCCAAAUAGGAUGACCGUCGUCUUUUGUGGAAGGGACUGAUGCAGCUCCGUUGCUAGCAGUGGGACACUCGCUUGGUUCUUUGCGCCCAGUUAAACCUGACGGGAGUUUAAAAGCCUAAAAGAACGUUUUUUUUUCUCUCUCUCCUGGUUGGAUUUUCGAUGGAUAUUCCCGUUUGAAGAGGUGUGAUUUGAGCGCGGCAUGUAACAAAAAGAAGCGCAAGAGAAAAGUAGCGCUCGUAUUGUUAUUCCGAAGCGAGCACCGCCUGAACUGCUUUGAGAGCCAUAUCCAAUGGAUUACUUAAAGACAGAGCUGUGAAACAACUCCGAGGCAUAUCCAUUCAUGAGCUGAAGGCCGAGGUAAAUCUGUAGCAGAGGACCAGCAGCAGCAGCAGCAGCAGCAGCAUUGAUGCGACCAUGAGGUCAGAGGCCUUGUUACUCUACUUCACGCUACUGCAAAUAGCCGGGGCUGGCUUCCCCGAGGACAGCGAGCCUAUUAGCAUCUCACACGGCAAUUAUACAAAGCAGUAUCCAGCGUUUGUAGGCCACAAACCUGGCAGGAACAACACCCAGCGGCACAAACUGGACAUCCAGCUCAUUAUGAUCAUGAACAGGACGUUAUACAUCGCUGCCAGGGAUCACAUAUACACGGUGGACACAGACACUGCCAACAGUGACGAGAUCUUUUUCAGUAAGAAAAUGACAUGGAAGUCCAGGCAGGCGGACGUGGACACCUGCAGAAUGAAAGGAAAACACAAGGACGAGUGUCACAACUUCAUCAAAGUCCUCCUGCAGCAAAACGACGACACCUUGUUUGUGUGUGGAACAAAUGCUUUCAAUCCCUCCUGUCGAACCUACAAGACGGAUACCCUGGAGGCCCUGGGAGAGGAGAUCAGCGGGAUGGCGCGCUGCCCGUAUGACGCCAAGCACGCCAACGUCGCCCUGUUUGCAGAUGGCAAGCUGUACUCGGCCACCGUAACAGACUUUCUAGCGAUCGAUGCGGUCAUCUAUCGUAGCCUUGGAGACAGCCCGACUCUGCGCACUGUCAAACACGACUCCAAAUGGCUUAAAGAGCCUUACUUUGUGCAGGCGGUCAAUUACGGCGACUUCAUCUACUUCUUCUUUCGGGAAAUUGCAAUGGAGUACAACACAAUGGGAAAGGUUGUGUUUCCUCGGGUGGCCCGGGUUUGUAAGAACGACCGUGGCGGCUCCCCUCGCGUCCUGGAGAAACAGUGGACCUCAUUCCUGAAGUCGCGCCUCAACUGCUCCAUCCCCGGUGACUCCCACUUCUACUUCAACAUCCUGCAGGCUGUGACGGAUGUCAUCCACAUCAAUGGAAGGGACGUCGUGAUGGCAACAUUCUCCACACCGUACAACAGUAUUCCAGGCUCAGCAGUGUGCGCCUAUGACAUGGCGGAGGUGGCCAACACGUUCACAGGGCGUUUCAAAGAGCAGAAAUCCCCUGACUCAACCUGGACGCCUUUUCCUGAGGAGAGGGUUCCCAAGCCAAGGCCUGGCAGCUGUGCCGGCACUCCGUCUUUGGAGAGGUACAAGGUUUCCAACGAGUUCCCCGAUGACACCCUCAACUUCAUCAAGGUGCAUCCUCUUAUGGACGAGGCCGUACCCUCCAUCGCUAACAGGCCCUGGUUCCUCAAGACCAUGGUGCGGUAUCGCCUGACACGCAUCGUGGUGGACAACGAGGCAGGUCCCUAUAAUAACCAAACAGUGGUCUUUCUUGGGUCUGAGAAAGGCAUCAUCCUCAAGUUCCUGGCCAAGAUGAACAACGGCUUUCUCAAUGACAGCCUGUUUCUGGAGGAGCUCAACGUCUACAACCCUGACAAGUGCAGUAUAGAUGGCGUGGAAGACAAGCGCAUCGUCGGCAUGCAGAUAGACAGCAAGAGUCACGCUUUGUGGGUCGCUUUCACCUCCUGUGUGGUUAAAGUGCCGCUGUCUCGCUGUGAGAGGCACGGAAGAUGCAAGAAGUCUUGUAUAGCCUCCAGAGACCCGUACUGUGGCUGGGUGUCAGAAGGGGCCUGCAGACAGGUGGCCCCCGACUCAAAAUCAGCCUUUGAGCAGGACGUGGAGCAUGGUAACACAGAUGGCCUGGGAGACUGCCAAAACACAUUUGUGGCGCUGAACGACAUUCCUUCCAGUUACGAAGGCCACCAUCACCGCCACCAUCACCACACCCUCACACUCCCCACCCCGGCCCUACCCGAGGCCGCAGAGGGCCCCCUGGGGCGGGGCCGCAUGGUGGAGCGGAAGGACCCCCCCAUGAGCUCAGACAAAGGGGAGGAGCCCUACGUGGCCGUGCCCUCUCAGACUCAGCCCGAAGCCAAUGGUGUAAUCCGCGAGAGCUACCAGAAGGGUCGUGACCAGCUUGUUCCCGUGACCUUGUUGGCCAUCGCUGUCAUCCUGGCCUUCGCCAUGGGCGCCAUCUUCUCUGGCAUCAUCGUCUACUGUGUCUGUGACCACCGGCGGCGAGACAUAGACCUGACAGGCCGCAAAGAAAAAGACAACCACCACCUCCACUCCCGCCGGGGCUCCAUGAACAGUGUGACCAAGCUGACAGGCCUGUUUGAGACUCAGGCUAAAGACGGCCGUCCCGAGGCGAUCCUCACCCCUCUGAUGCACAACGGCAGACUAACACCCAACGGGAAGAUGCUGAUAAAAGCGGACCAGCACCACCUGGACCUCGCUGCUCUGCCAACGCCUGAAUCCACCCCAAUGCAGCCGCGUCGGAAGCACAGCCGAGGCAGCCGGGAGUGGGAGAGGAACCAGAACCUCAUCAACGCCUGCACCAAGGAUAUGCCACCAAUGGGCUCCCCUGUCAUCUCCACAGACCUACCCCUGAGGGCCUCGCCCGGCCACAUCCCCAGUGUGGUAGUUCUCCCUUUGCCGCAGCAUCAGCAUCAGCUCCAACCUCACCUGCAGCAGUCCUACCAGCACGAGUACGUGGAGCAGCCCCACCACAGUGACCUGGGCAUGGGCCAUGGCGUCAUGGACGACCAGGGGGCCACACUGGAGUACAAGACAGUAAAGAGCCCCUGUCACAACCUCACCAUGGUGGAUCCAGAUGGGAUGCUGCCGCCGCGAGUGCCCCAACGAGAGGCGUCUCUCACCAUCCCUCCGUCCGUCCCUCAGAUGGGCAAACGCCUGGAGGUCCACUCGUCGGUGUAUGGGCUCAGGAAAGGAUCAGCGUCUUCUGCUUCUGGAUCCUCAGCCCUCAAGAGGCACAAUACCAACUCAUCUAACUCCUCCCAUUUGGCGAGGCAUCACAGCUUCCGUGUGGAGACCCCGCCCCCUGCGCCUCAGAGGGUGGACUCCAUACAAAUGACAGCACAGGGCAUAUCUCUGUCCCGGCAGCCCAGUAUGAGCUCCUACGGUUCACUGCCUCGAACAGGCAUAAAAUAUCUCAAACCUGAUGUCCCGCCCAAACCCUCUGUAGUCUCACUCUCAACAAAAGUCAAGUCCAGUGACUCAUGCACAUAGUCUGCUAGUUAACAAGUCAGUCCAAUGUGAACAGACAGUAGUGAAAGUUUGUGUCUGAGAGAAAAAACAGGGAAUACUGUACAACUUGCAUCUCCUUUUAGUGUUUUUUUUUGUUUCAUUUCGGUGUAAAGUACAGUGAAAAAUGCUACACAGUUUUUUUUAAGAAAUCACUUUCUUUUUAUAUAAAUAUGUAAAUAUUAUAAAAAUGGUUGUCGUCAUUUGUUGCCGUCAUGGAGCUCAUGCUCCGGCUGGUUCCUCUGUAAACACACAUGGGAACAUGCGCUACUGAAACCGAAGAAGCUGAAGCUGUCCUGAAUAUUUCAUCCAACGGCGCCCUGUAGCAUCCAAGGCGGUGGCUCUGUCUCUUGUUUGUGGUGUCUUUUUGCCGCCGGGACUUGACCUGAUACUUUAUCACGCUGGUAAAAGCACAUAAGAAGACAGCGCUGGGAGAGGGGUUUGGAGGAUAAUCGUUGUACAGUACCUUGAGGACUGAGAGAACUGAGCGAGCGAGCACUCAGAGAGAGACUGAGCUCGGGCUGAACGGACAGACAGCUGCUUGAGUUUUGUCAGAAACUGUGAAAAAAAAGCCUCUCAGUGUUGCAGCAAUCAAGUCCUGCCUGGGUUUGACUGAAAGCCGGAGGAACUUUCUACUGUACUGGUUACUGAAUAACACAUGACUGUUAAUACUAAUAGCUUGUUGUAUUUAUUUUUAUUAAGUGCUUUUGAAAAAAAGACUGACUUUUUAGGCUCGGAGAGAGAGGACAGAGAAGAGAUCUUUUAAUAUGAAUUAAUCAAGUAUGAGAAAAAAAAAACAUAUUUAAAGUCAUUAAACUGGAGCUCGUAGAACUUUCUUGAUGACUUAUGGUAAAUGAGGUCUUACUGUGUGCUCAGUGGGACCGGCAGCUUCAGAUAUAUGUGACCUCUGUGAAGAGGAGGAGAUAUUUAUUUAAACUGUGCCAGACAGGGACUUCUAUCUUCAAGGACCACAUUGUCCAUCAUUUCAGACCAAUCAUUAAAAAAGACUUCCCGUUAUCUCACCCUUUUCACUCCUCCCCCUCCAAUCAGCACUGUGGUUUUUGUACAAGUCGGUAACAUUUGUCCUGAUUGGUCGCUGGCUUACCGGUGCCAUCUAAGCUCACUGUUGCAUGUUGCAAAUACAAGAGAAGCAGCUGCAGCAGCAACAGUGCGAGAAUCUGAAUACACAUACAUACAAUAAGAGGCUGUAAGAAGUGACGCUGCGAGCAAACCGAGCCCCUAAAUCUGAACGUGUCUUCGUUUGUAGCGGCGUCACUCAGACGAGCAGGCAGAAAAGAAAAAAUCUGAAAAACAUCUGUAUGGCCUGCUUCUUUUUCCACAUGUAAAUUUGUGCCUUACACCCCUAAAGUAGUGACAAUGUUUUCUUUAUUAGCUGUUAACUUUGUCUCCUUGUAGUAUUUUAUUUUUUAUUUUUCUUACAUCAUGAUGUUUCCCUGGUUUGAUAAAAAUGCAAUUAAAGAAUGUAGGUGUUAUUGUUGUAAUUCUGGUCCCUAGACAUAAAACACAGUCCAGAGGGAGGAAAGGAAGAGGGCUUCAACUUGUUUCUUUCACUCGCUCUCUCUCUCUCUCUCUCUCUCUCUCUCUCUCCCUCUCUCUCACACACACAUGCACACAGUUAUAUUUGUGGUUAAUUUCUGAUUGUGCCAUUAAUGCGCUAAAAGCAACCCUUUAUGUUGUCAUGUUGUGCUGGCAGUGUCGAUGAAGACGUUGUGUUUUUGAUUUUAUAUUUUAUACAAUUUCAAGUCCUGUUCUUUUUUUUUUUUCUUUCUUUUUUUUUUUUUUACUGUUUUCUUUUUUUGCUGUCUGUUGGUUUGGAGUGACAGUUAAAUGACUGAUUAACUGAGCAAUUAACAUUUGUUACUUGAGAAGGCCAAUGUAUGUGUAUCUUUCUGGUGCACUGCAAUAAUAAUAAUAAUAAUAAAAGCAGCGUCAACACUAGCAAGUAUGAGACACUCAUGAGAACCUGGUGUACCGACACAAGUCUAGGCGUCUUGUGUCUGUUGUUACAAAAAUUUGUUAUGCAGUUGCAUAAACAGGCUGGUUCCUGUGAAGUGGGUUGACAUUUUAAAACAACAUUUUAGAGAAAAGUUCCUUACUUAACCCCCUUUUUGUAAGAAAAAAUAUAUGUUUUUAUCGUGCUUCAGUAACUCUCAUUAUCAAGGCAUUAAAGUUGGCUGAGAGUUUCUUAUCUGACCUUCAUUUAAUUGCUUUCACUGUCUUUUUACUUGAGGAUUUUUUAUCAAUCACCCCCCCCCCCCCCCCCCCCCCGAACACUUAUAUCAACGGAGCACUCCCUCAGUGUCGUAUGUGUAGAUACAUUUCUUGAUAUUUCAAGCAAUUUUCUGUUUCUCAAUGGAGGAAAAGCCAACGAUGUCUCAAUCCACAGCUAACAGGGAGAAUGUCAAGUGGGAAGUUAGAAAGUGACCUGACUAGCAUGUAAAUAGAUUCUGGUUGCAAAUGGCAGGGUCAUGGUGCAACAGAUGAGGUCAAGGCAGGAAGGUGCCUCUUUAGAAACACGGUGUGGCAUCUGUCAAGGAAGUUAUCCCUGUAAUGAAAUAAAGCUAUGAUCUUCAAUUUUAAAACGCCCAAGAUUAGUAUAAAGUGGUGUGUUAACCACAGAUUUAGAAUAUACCACAGCAUUGUAGACUUCAAGAAAUCUCCCAUGCCUUGAUUACUCAGAUUUUACAGCUCAAAUGUCUUGAAAUUCGUCCACCCAAAUAAAAACUGAAAACAUAUCGUCCACAUCUUAGGUUGACAAGUGCAUUUAGAUUUGCGAUUCUUUAACAAGUGUUUUGAUGUCGAGUUGGGCUUUGAACUUUUGAAAAGGCUGGAUUGCGUUUGACUGUGAAGGCUGCUGUGGACUGUGAGGUUCUUUGGUGUGUGCCUUUUUUGUCUUUCACCCUUGUUAUGAUCCACUGCUACUAGAUGCAAAAUCGACAACUCUCUUCUCAACUUCUCGACCUUUUGAACUUUGUAAGCUUGUAAGAUAUUGUGACGUCACAGAGUUUUUUGCCCUACUCUCUUCACUUCCUUAACAUCUGAUUCACAGCUUAAUGUAUGUUGUAAAGAAAAAAACUCUUUAAUUUAAUGCAAAAUGUAAUUAAAAAAAUAAAAAUAAAAUAAAAUUCUUGUCAUGAA